GGUCGUGCGGUGGUUUAGGGCCACGGGAAAAUGAGUUUUUGUGGGCAGUGGGGUGCUUGGGGUCAGGCACUGCGGGGAGGGGACAAAGAGCAGCCCUCUGGCACCCCCUGCAUUGCUCACAGAGGGCAGAUCCGGAUCCAGGCGCAGGGAGGGACACUGAGUCACGGCUGCACCACCGCCUCCACCACGCAGGUCCCAUCCUGCACCGCCAGUCCUGCAGGCAAUGUGAUGUGUGGGGCCGUGUGAGGUGCGCAGAGCUGUGCUGAGCACAGUGCCAUAGGGGUGAUGGCAUCGCCUAUGGGGCUGCACCCACCUCGGUGACACCGUUUAGGACACAUCCCACGCCCCUGGGACCUUCCUAUACCAUCUCAACUUGGGGUGCCUAUAGUGUCCACCCCAUCAGUGGCACCACAGUAGUUGUGGGGUACCCUCAGUGUCUCUGCUCCACAGGUGCUGGUGGCCGUGGCGGGCGCUGCUCCUGGCCUGGCUCAGCCUGAGCUGUGGCAUCAGCACCGCACAGGUGAGGGUUGGGGGCACCGGGCUGCUCCAGCCACACAUCAGCCCCAGCCAUGAUUGUCCCCUUCCUCCAUGCAGGUCCCAGCCCCAGGAGGAGCAAGGUGGGAUUCUGAGCCCCCCACCCACACUCGGCCCCGCCGGCAGCCAGCCCAGGGUGCGUGGGGGCCGUGGGGGCCAUGGAGUGUCUGCUCCAGCUCCUGCGGGGACGGCGUUGCGUUCCGCACCCGGAGGUGUCUGCGCUCUGCCGAGGAGGAGCCGUGCACAGGGGACCAGCGGCAGUACCGGCUCUGCCAGCUGCAGGGCUGCCCUGGCAGCUCGGUGCCGUUCCGUGCCAUGCAGUGCUCCCUAUAUGACGACAAACCCGUGCGGGGCAUGCAGACCCGGCACCGCUGGGUGCCCUUCUAUGGAGCCCCCAACGUGUGUGACCUCAACUGCUUGGCUGUGGGGCACAACUUCUACUACACCUUUGGCCGCGUGCUGGAUGGCACCCGCUGCAGGCCUGGCUCCACGGAUCUGUGCGUCGGUGGGCGCUGCCUGAGCGUUGGCUGUGAUGGGAUCCUAGGCAUGGGUGCACAGACCCGUGCCUGCAGCCGGUGCGGUGGCGGGCAGGAUGGGUGCCUCUUUGUGCACCGGCUCUUCCAGGACACGGAGCCCUUCUCCGGUGGAUAUCCCCUCAGGCCACAUUCUGCCCUGACUCCCUGCCCACCUUCAGGUCAUUUUGGGUACAUGAAUGUGACCAAGAUUCCCGCUGGAGCCACCAACAUCAAGGUGACGGAUAAGAGCCGCAACUUCCUUGGUAGGACGUGUUCUGUCCCCGUCCCAGUCCAUCCCAUUCCAUCCUAUGGCCAUGGGCAACUGUGCAGCACCACUCCCCCCCACUCUGAAUGCAACACUCCCCAUCUCAGGGCACUUCCAGAGGUGGUGGCUGUGAGUUUUGGCCAGUGCAGGGCCACUACGGGACCUGGGGGACUGGGGAGCUCUGCCCUUGGGAUCCAGCUGUGCCAUGGGACUUGGUCCAAAUCUGCCAUGGAUUUAACUCUCCCCCACACCCCACACACAGUGCUGCCCUCAAUGGGGGCUCGGUGCCCCCUCCCAGCCCAGCCUGGUGUGCCGGACCUGGGCCAUGCGUGGCUCAGCCCAGAUGUGCUCCUUCCCACAGCCCUGAUGGGGAGCGACGGACGCUACGUGCUCAAUGGGGACUGGUCCAUCGCCUGGCCGGGGCCCUACGAGGCAGCUGGCACACAGCUGCUCUACGCCCGCAGCCCUGAUGGCACCGAGAGUCUGGAGGCACCAGGACCCACAGAUGAGGACCUCCAUGUGCUGGUGCUGCUGCAGGAGCCCAACCCAGGCAUUGAGUAUGAGUUCUGGCUGCCCCGUGGGCAUCCCCAGCACAGCACGGUGGACACCAGUGCCCUGCGGCAGCCCCAGCCCCGUGGGGCCGGCAGCCCCCCACCCGCUGAGCCCCCACUUCCCACACUGCCACCCAGGGCCUGGGACCCCAUCACAGAGCCACUGCCACCGCGAAGCCCCCCUGGGGUCAGAGCUGCUGCAGGUGACCUCCCACAUCCUCCCACACCCCUGGGCUCAGCAGGCGGGGGGCAGGGCAGAGGGGGCAACACCUGGCGUGAUGCCCCACUCAGUGCACCCCACUCCCACCCUGCAGUUUUCCGAGCACGGAUCCUGGCACGGCGCUCGGUGGGGCAGGAGAUGCGCUACGAGGUGCAGGUGGUGACGCCGUACCGGCACCGCUUCCCCAUGGUACCGCGGGAGUACGUCUGGGUGCCCGACACGUGUGGCUGCCCCACGCUGCUGGGGGGCCACGAAUACGUGCUGAUGGCACGGCGGCACGUCAACUACGAGCACACGUUGAACCGCAUCCUGCUGCAGCGUGACGGCUACGCACGGCCGUGGUCACCCCGCGAGGAGCGCGCGGUGCGGGACGCGGAACGGCACUGUGCCCACCUGCAAUGAGGCUGCAGGGAUGGGGGAUCCUAGGAGGGGGAUGGGCGGAUGGGAUCCUUCCUGCUGUGCUCUGGGACCUCAGCAGCCCUCGGCAUGGCCAUGGGGGGUGGUG